AUGUCCAUCUCCCUUGUCACUGGCGGCACAGGCUACAUUGGUCUCUAUGUUGUGAAGGAACUUCUCGAGCAUGGCCAUAUAGUGCACACAACAGUACGCAGUCUAAAGAACAAGCAAAAGUGCAAGCCUUUGCUCGACCUACAGGUCGCUCAUCCAAGCAAACUGCACCUAUUCGAGGCAGACCUGCUUGUCCAAGGCUCCUUCAAAGAAGCAAUGCAUAAUUGCGAUACUGUCUACCAUAUUGCGUCGCCGUUCAUUUUGCCGCAACAGACCAAAGAUGGAAUGAAGGAAAUUGUUGAGCCAGCCCUGAAGGGAACUCAGAAUGUCCUUGACGAAGUAAAUGAGACACAGUCUGUUCGGCGCGUCGUUCUCACAUCUUCCCUCGUUCCGAUGUAUUGCGACAGUUCCGAAGUUUAUGCCCUUCCUAAGCACAUACUGACUGAAUCCGUUUGGAACAUUACGGCCUCACCAACAUACAAUCCCUAUGCCUACUCCAAAGCCGAAUCAGAGCGGCUGGCCUGGCGUGUCGCCGACGCCCAGUCCCAACCGCGCUGGGAUCUCGUUGCCAUCUGCCCAGGUCUCGUGCUCGGCCCUCCGCUAUCUAACGCCUCGGACUCUGGAUCUUUGCGAAUGCUUGAGCACAUGUAUGAAGGAUCCGAUCGGUACGGCAUCCCAAACUACUCAUACGCGAUUGUCGAUGUACGCGACUUGGCAGUCGCGCACGUUGCGGCGGGCGAGAAGGCCGAGGCGAAUGGGAGGUACAUUGUGUCUCACGCAAAGUCCACAAGUAUGCUUGCUAUGGCUGAGCUAGUGCGCCCAUUCCACAAGCAGGCGAGGGUAUUACCGACGAGAGCGAUGCCCAAGUUGCUAGUCUAUUUGGCAGCACCGUUCCUAAAUGUGUCCAAGCGGUGGGCGGAUGGAAACCUGGGGAUUGACUUUGAUUUAGACAAUAAGAGGAGUAAAGAAGAGUUGCACGUUGUGUACCGGCCUUUGGAGGAGACAUUCAGAGACCAUUACCAAUCUUACCUUGCUCGGCAGUAA